AUGACGAAGAGCAGGAACAAGAAGAAGAACAGAGACGACGCCGAUUCCAUGGACGUUUCCCAACCUAAGAGCGUCUCCGAAGCUCCCACCGAAGCCAUGGACACUACUGAGACCGGAGACCCUAAACCAGCUCCUCGUGCUCGUAUUCUGACAAGGAAAGGAAAACCGAUGAAGAGAAUCAAGAACAAAAGGAAGAUGAAAGCCGUGGCUAAAGCUCUAGACUUGAAUGACAAGAUCGCUGAGAGAGCUUCAAAGAACAAAGUCAAAACUCAGAGAACUCUUGAUGCCAAGAAACUGUACGAUUGA